AUUUUGGGAGCCGCCCUCUUUGAACCUCAUUGGUGGGGGGAGACUGGAAUGCGAGGCGUGCGGUGGAAGUUUCUAAGUAAGUAAUCAGCCGCUGUGUGUGCGCCUACACAGAAAUACCUUCUGGUGCGUGACUGAAAAAGCUGACCGGAGGCCGCUACUCACCCACACAAAAACACACACAGACCAGCACAGAGUUUCAACCGCAACAGCCCGUGUAUUAUAUACCGGUUUAUAUUUGUUUUAACCGUGUUGUGGCAACUUUUUUUGUUUUUGCAAAUAAUAUAUAAUAAGCAAAACACAAGACAUUGCUAUGGCAACCGGCGUGCGUCAUGAUGCAAUUGAGGAUAACAUCUCCUUCGCUUUGUCGGACUGUUACGCAAAAGCCGAAGCGUUAGCCCGAAAAGUACACAGCGAAGCCAAGCAGAUCACAGAGAGUUACAGAGAAAAGCAAGGCUUGAGCCAAGAUCUCAACCUGGACUCCAUAGACGGGGUCCCCGAGUCUGGCACCUCGAAAUGGGCAGAGCUGACCGAGGAAGAGAGGCUGAGAGAGAACGCAGCGGCCUUCGCUGCCCUUCACAGACUGCUGGGCACGGUCCUGAAAGAACAACAAGAUGACCUCACUCCCGGGGACUACAAGUUCCAUGAUGCACUGCUUUCGCUGCUGGCCAAGGUCGAGGCCCUGGCUGAAACCACCAAGCAGCUGCUGCUCUCUCUGGGCCACGUGCUGCCCAGGGCUGAGGAGGAGAGGGAGGAGGAAGGUCUCAGGUACUUCCAGAAGAAGAGGAGGGGGUACAAAGUGAUCGUGGAGCUCAGCGGCUGGGCUCUGAGGGCCGUGCGGGACUUCGCCAGGCUGAAGAGGAGAAACAGGAGGGAGGUGGGAGGGAAGAGGGAGGUUAAGAAGCGAGGGAGCAGGAGAUAGAGAGGGGGGAGGAGGGGAGAGGGAGAGAUGGAGGUUAAGAAGCGAGGGAGCAGGAGAUAGGGGGGGCAGCAGUGUGGAGUAGUGGCUAGGGCUCUGGACUCUUGACCAGAGGGUCGUGGGUUCAAUCCCAGGUGGGGGACACUGCUGCUGUACCCUUGAGCAAGUUACUUUAGCUAGAUUGCUCCAGUAAAAACCCAACUGUAUAAAUGGGGAAUUGUAUGUAAAAAUAAUGUGAUAUCUUGUAACAAUUGUAAAUCGCACUGGAUAAGGGCGUCUGCUAAGAAAUAAAUAAUAAUAAUAAAAAUAAGAUAGGGAGGGAGAGAGAGACAGAGAGUCAGGGAGAGAGAGAGAGGGAGAGAAACAGACAGAGAGAGAAACAGAUACAGAGAGAAAUGGAGAUGGGGAGGGAGGGAGAAACAGAUACAGAGAGAGAUGGGGAGAGAGAGAGAGGGAGGGACAGAGAAAGAGAUACAGAGAGAAAUGGAGAUGAGGGAGGGAGGGAGAAACAGAUACAGAGAGAAAUGGGGAGGGAGUUAGGGACAGAGAAACAUACAGAGAGAAAUGGGGAGAGAGAGGGAGGGACAGUGAAACAGAUACAGAGAUGGGGAGAGAGAGGGAGAGACAGAGAAACAGAGAGAGGGAGAGAGAGAGAAAGCAAGAGAGAGAUGAAAUGCAGUGGUGAAAAAGGACUGGUGUUUUUUGUGUAACUUGACCCAGCACCUUUUUUGUUUGUUUGUUUUUUUGUCUCGAUAUAGUUUUGCAAAUGAUCGUCCGUAUUGAAUAACCAGCGUAUUGUACCAAUAUAUUUUAGGAUGCGACAUCGAUAAGUAAAAAAAAAAAAGACUUUAUUGAAGAUGAUGUCAAAACGCUCUCGCGUUCCAUGAAUAGAAUGCGACAUCGAUGAGUAAAUAAAUAAAUAAAUAAAAAUCACUAGCCACUUAGAUUUAACAUUUCAGUAUUGAAACAAACACUGCUUGAGAUAUAUUCGCUGGCAGGCCUGAUCAAGUUCGUCUGCAUUCGUGUAACUGAGAAAUGGCUAUGGAAGGACAUUAUUUGUGAAUUGCAUUUCUCUGUAUGAAGGAUUGUAUUGAUUCAAAUUGUCAAAAGUCACACUUUUUUUAAGAGCUUAACCAUUAGACAUAAUAAUGAAGCCGCUAAUUAUUAGUAAUUAAGCACUGGUAUUAAUUAUAUAGGUCAGUUUUCUUAACGCUGUCUCGGGCAGUAAAGCAUUCUGUGGCAAUCAGAUAAGUUUGCACAGCGGUCCUCAUCGCAAUGCUUUGUACUUGUGAUCUUUUCAUGAGCUUGUUACUCAAAUGAAUCAUGAAGGAGGAAUAGGCAGCGAUUGCAUGAGUGAGUGAGGUGUGAAAUGCAUGACCUUCGUUCUGUUGUACAGGAGAGUUUUUAACUCUACCUUGUAGGUACUGUAGUGCUUGGAGAAAUACUGCAAUAGUCACCCUGCUUGAAAUGUAGUGGGUUGCAAACGUGACUAGUUUGACGUUCGUUCGUGUAAGUGGGAGGGAGGGAGGCAGUGUGGCUCUGGUGGAGCUGA